AAAACAAGUAAAGUUGACAACUUCAAUCUUGGCGUGUGGAAAGCAGCGACUUAAAAAAGGCAAAAUAAAGGAGCAAAAUGGAAGCAGAGCCCUUUCCCGAGUUAAAAAUCAAGCCAGCAGAUUUCCUGAACAAACUCGAUGGCAGAAGCAAGUGUUCAAAGUGUGACAGGUCAAGGAAAUUCUACUGCUACACAUGCUAUCUUCCAGUACCAGAAAUCAAAGGCAGAGUACCCAAAGUUAAAUUACCUAUAAAGGUUGACAUUAUUAAACAUCCCAGUGAAGUUGACGGUAAGAGCACAGCCGUUCAUGCAGGAGUUCUUGCCCCUGACGAUGUCACCAUCUACACCUAUCCCUGUAUUCCGGACUAUGAUAAGGAUAAGGUGGUGGUAGUGUUUCCAUGUGAGACAUCGGUCAGUGUAGACCAGCUCGUCAGGAGAGACACCAACAAUCCAAGCAAAUGUGAAAGCGGAUUAAAGCGAGCAGCACCAUCAAAUGAUGAACAAACUGAUCUCAUCCCUAACAAAAUAGCUAAAGUUGAUUAUGUCGGGAAUGAUGAAAAAAGAUGCUCAAAUGGAAAGCCUGAAAACACUGCCAGCGGUAAUGGAUUAUGUCAGAAUGCAACCAGCAGUGUUGAAAGUGAUGCUCAAAAAGCCAAUUGUCUUAUUGAAAGAGUAGUAUUUAUCGACAGUACUUGGAACCAAUGCAAGUCUAUUUGCAAUGAUGAAAGACUGAAAGGCCUGCAGUGUGUUGAACUGAAAUCAGAGAAGACAAAGUUCUGGCGUCACCAGAAGAACAACCCAGCCACCUACCUAUCAACGAUAGAGGCCAUCUACUACUUCAUGAGGGAGUUCCAUCAACAAUUUGUGGAUCAGGCGUAUACUGCACAAUAUGACAAUCUUCUAUUCUUCUUUAACUUUAUGUACAAGAAAAUUCGUAAUUUGUAUGAUGGUGGGGACAACCUAAAGGCCUACAAAAGUAGGCGGGAAAAGGCCAAAGAAAAAUCUUAAUGAAAAGGAAUCUACAUGCACAUAUUUAUUAACUGUUGAAACUAUUUUUUCGUUCUUUGUGGUAUUGAAAUAACCUGAGUCAUUGUGCCAAAACUUGACCCUGGCCUAACUAAAAAAAAACAUUGGUCAAGAAUAUUAUAUUCAUCUUAAUUAACUUUGGGAACUACUUGUGUCAGAAUGAAUUUCGUGUACAUGAGUAAAAAGUUUGAUUUCAAGGAACAUAAUUUUAAUGCACAACCACAUAUGUGAUAGACAGUUAUGUGGUAGACUGCCAGUGCCUUAGUGCAUGAAAUGCUUCAUAAUCACUAUAAUAUAAAUAUCAUCUUGUUGAAAUCAUUUAUGUUGCAAUUUGGGACCUGAAAUCACUGUAUACCACAGUCAAGAUAUUCAAAUGAAACUUGGUACGCAUGUUGCCAGAUACAAUACACAUGUGUAUAACCAGGCCCAUAAUUGGGAAUUUAAUAAUUGUUGAGUUAUGCCCAUUGUUUGACUGAAAAAAAAUAAACCCAGAUGAGAAUUGGUGUUCACUUCGUGACUCUUAUUUGUUUUGUAUAAAUGCAAUUUUACAUUUUAUGAUAAUUUUUCUCAAAAGCAGAAUGUUUUAAUCCCAACGUCAAAUCAUUUAUUGUAUGCUUUUUAAAUUAUUUCCCAUAUACAAAUUUUGUGUAAAAUAUUUUUUUAAGUAUAAUUAGUUUUUACAAUGACAAUUUGUUAGCAACAUUGAUAACACCAGAUCAAAAUGUAUGAUAUUUUGCGACUGAUGUUAUAAAUUAAAUUAUAAUCCUGAGAAUCCUGUGACAAAUGUGAAAGUAGACAAAAUUUAUUUAAAAAAACAACACCACAUAAUAUUUCAAGACUCUGAACAUGCAGAGUUGAGCACUUUUACCUAGUACCUUUUGACAAACAUUUAAAGUCUGAAAUACAUGAUAAAAUAAGAAUAAGACUUUUUUUGGAUAAAAACCUACUUCUUGCACAAAAUUCAUACAUGAUGUUAAACACUAAAAUUUAAAUACCAACCUAACAUGUUGAAUAUAAGAAUGUUUACAUGAAAUUUGGAAGUCCCAAAUGUAGUUGAGAAAAAAAUUGUUUUGAAUUAAUGAAAAUAAAGCUUUUCAUCUUU